AUGGACAGAGGCAGCCACCACCGGAAUGCUUCUCCAGCAAGGACACCUCCUCCCCAGGGUUCCCCGGCAAGGACACCUCCUCCCCAGGGCUCCCCGGCAAGGACACCACCAGCAAGGACACCUCCUCCCCAGGGUUCUCCAGCAAGGACAUCUCCAGCAACAGCAGCUUUGCAGGCUUCCCUGGCCCGGGGAACUCCAGUCCAGGCAUCUCCGGCCGGGCAAUCACCUUCCAGGUCAUCCUCGGGCAGGUCAUCCUCUGCCAGGUCAGCCUCCACGACAUCCUCCCCAACGAGAGUGUACCUUGUUAGAGCAACACCAGUGGGGGCUGUCCCCAUCCGGGCACCUCCUACCAGGUCAGCACCAGCCACCAGGGCCACCAGGGAGAGCCCAGGUCUCACUCUGCCCAAGUUCUCCUGGCAAGAGACCCAGAGGCAGCUGCCACUCAUCGGCUGUGUCAUCCUUCUCAUCAGCCUCGUGAUCUCACUCAUCCUUCUCUUCUAUUUCUGGAGAGGCCACACAGGGAUCAAGUACAAAGAACCGGUGGAGAGCUGCCCCAGGCAUGCCGUCCGCUGCGACGGAGUGGUGGACUGCAAAAUGAAGAGCGAUGAGCUGGGCUGUGUCAGGUUUGACUGGGACAAGUCUCUGCUGAAGGUCUACUCUGGGUCUUCUGGUGAGUGGCUCCCUGUCUGCAGCAGCAGCUGGAACGACACUGACUCCAAGAGGACCUGCCAGCAGCUGGGCUUUGACAGCGCUUACCGAACAACCGAGGUGGCCCACAGGGACAUCACCAGAAGCUUCUUACUCUCUGAAUACAACUCCACCAUCCAGGAAAGCCUCUAUAGGUCGGAAUGUCCUUCCCAGCGGUACGUCUCCCUGCAGUGCUCCCACUGUGGUCUGAGAGCUAUGACCGGGCGGAUUGUGGGAGGGGCUCUGACCUCAGAAAGCAAGUGGCCCUGGCAAGUCAGCCUACACUUUGGCACCACCCACAUCUGUGGGGGCACACUCAUCGAUGCCCAGUGGGUGCUCACCGCUGCCCACUGCUUCUUUGUGACCCGGGAGAAGAUUCUGGAGGGGUGGAAGGUUUAUGCGGGCACGAGCAACUUGCACCAGCUGCCUGAGGCUGCCUCUAUCUCCCAGAUCAUCAUCAACGGCAACUACACUGAUGAGCAGGAUGACUAUGACAUCGCCCUCAUGCGGCUUUCCAAGCCCUUGACCCUCUCAGCUCACAUCCACCCUGCCUGCCUCCCUAUGCAUGGGCAGACCUUCGGCCUCAAUGAGACCUGCUGGAUAACUGGCUUUGGCAAAACCAAGGAGACAGACGAGAAGACAUCUCCCUUCCUCCGGGAGGUUCAGGUCAACCUCAUCGACUUCAAGAAGUGCAAUGACUACUUGGUCUAUGACAGCUAUCUUACCCCUCGGAUGAUGUGCGCUGGGGACCUCCGAGGAGGGAGGGAUUCCUGUCAGGGAGACAGUGGAGGCCCUCUUGUCUGUGAGCAGAACAAUCGCUGGUACCUGGCAGGCGUCACCAGCUGGGGCACAGGCUGUGGCCAGAGAAACAAGCCUGGUGUGUACACCAAAGUGACAGAAGUACUUCCCUGGAUUUAUAGCAAGAUGGAGAGUGAGGUACGCUUCCGGAAGUCCUAA